GUUAUCAUACGACGCUCGUGGUACCGUCAGUUUUGUUUACGGUCGCUUUUUGAAUAUUUCCAUAGUCCACGUGUUCUGAACUACGUCUGUUUUUCCAAAUUACGUCUAAUGCUGAAUGUUUUCCGGGUGAUAAGUGCUGUUCUUUGGUCAUUCAUUAACAAUUGAACCCUCACUUCGAGCCAGUACAGUGUGAAAAAGGAUAAUACACAAGUCUAACUUCGAAGCUGUGUCAUCCUGGUGAUACCAAGUCCUUUAUUUUAACUUCAAACUAACAAAUAGCGACCGAAACAACGAAAAUGCGUCCACCAUGCUAUCUUAUCCUCGAAGAUGGGACAAUCAUGUCCGGCGAGUCCUUUGGUGCCCAAGUACCCACUGCUGGAGAAGUGGUCUUUCAAACUGGAAUGGUUGGCUACCCAGAAUCCAUGACCGACCGCUCAUACCGAGCCCAAAUCCUGGUAUUAACAUACCCACUCAUUGGAAACUACGGAGUGCCAUCCUUUGAAGAGUGCGAUGAAUACGGACUGCCAAAGCACUUUGAAUGGACUGAAGGAAUUACCUUAUCAGGUCUCGUGGUCGGCGAGAUCUGUGAGAAACCCUCACAUUGGCGUCAUACGAGGACCCUUUCGCAAUGGAUGGAAGAUGAGAACAUUCCUGGAAUCAGCGGUAUUGACACCAGGGCUCUCACUAAAAAGAUUCGUGAAAACGGUACGAUCCUGGGACGCAUUGUACAUGAGUUGCCUAGUCCGAAUUCGGAUUCUGAAUUUCUGGAUCCUAAUCAGCGAAAUUUAGUUGACGAAUGCUCUAUCAACGAACCCAUCGUUUACAAUCCAAAUGGUUUACCCCGUAUCUGUGCCAUCGACUGCGGUCUGAAAUUGAAUCAGAUCCGAUGCUUUGUAUCUAGGGGGGCCCGCGUGGAAUUAGUGCCAUGGAAUUAUGAAUUAGAUUUAAAUAGUUUCGACGGUUUGUUUAUCAGCAACGGUCCUGGUGAUCCUGAAAAGUGUGGAGAGACUGUCAAGCAAAUCAAGCGGGUUCUAAAGAGUGGUGAUAAGCCUAUCUUUGGAAUUUGUUUGGGCCAUCAACUGUUAGCAACGGCUGUUGGAUGCAAAACCUAUAAAAUGAAGUAUGGAAAUCGUGGACAUAACUUGCCAUGUAUUCAUCAUGACACGGAGAGAUGCUUCAUGACGUCGCAAAAUCAUGGAUUCGCUGUUGAUGCUUCCUUACUUCCAACAGACUGGGAGCCGCUUUUUACUAAUAUCAACGACAAAACCAACGAAGGUAUCAUCCAUAAGGAGAAGCCAUUCUUUUCAGUACAAUUCCAUCCAGAACAUACAGCAGGACCUAAGGAUCUUGAACUUCUUUUUGAUGUCUUUUUGGACACUGUGAAACAAUACACUUUGAAGCUGCCAUCGAAGGACUCAGUUAAACAUCGAUUGUCAAAGCUCCUGUCCUACAUACCGAAACCGGAAUCGAUUCCAGCUCAAAAGCCUAGAAAAGUAUUGAUCCUGGGGUCUGGUGGACUAUCAAUCGGUCAAGCUGGUGAAUUCGACUACUCCGGGUCGCAAGCUAUCAAAGCUAUGAAGGAAGAAAAAAUCCAAUCAAUUCUCAUCAAUCCUAACAUUGCUACGGUCCAAACAUCCAAAGGAUUAGCUGAUAAAGUGUAUUUUCUUCCUUUAACACCGGAUUAUGUAGAGCAAGUUAUAAAGGCCGAGCGACCCAAUGGAGUACUUUUGACCUUCGGCGGUCAGACGGCUCUGAACUGCGGCGUAGAGUUGGAAAAAGCCGGAGUCUUUGCCAAGUAUAACGUUAAAAUAUUGGGGACACCAAUAAAAUCCAUCAUCGAAACAGAAGAUAGAAAAAUAUUUGCAGAACGAGUUAGUGAAAUUGGAGAGAAAGUUGCACCUUCGGAGGCAGUAUUUUCUGUACAAGAAGCGUUGGACGCGGCUGAAAGGUUGGGAUAUCCAGUAAUGGCGCGAGCAGCAUUUUCGCUCGGAGGACUGGGGUCAGGCUUCGCAAACAACAAAGACGAGCUCACUACACUUGCUCAGCAAGCUCUUGCGCAUUCCAACCAACUGAUCAUAGACAAAUCUCUCAAAGGAUGGAAAGAAGUUGAAUACGAGGUUGUCCGAGAUGCUUUUGAUAACUGCAUUACCGUGUGCAACAUGGAAAACCUCGAUCCACUAGGAAUUCACACAGGAGAGAGCAUAGUCGUCGCACCAUCCCAAACUUUGUCAAACUUCGAAUACAAUAUGCUUCGUGAGACCGCUAUCAAGGUGAUCAAGCACUUCGGCGUUAUUGGAGAGUGCAACAUUCAGUACGCGUUGAAUCCUUUCUCCGAAGAAUACUAUAUAAUCGAAGUAAACGCUCGGUUGUCACGAAGUUCAGCACUCGCUAGCAAAGCCACGGGAUAUCCUCUAGCCUAUGUAGCUGCUAAACUUUCUCUAGGAAUUCCUUUGCCAAAAAUUCAAAAUUCAGUCACUGGAGUGACAACAGCUUGCUUUGAACCAAGUUUGGAUUACUGCGUCGUCAAAAUACCUCGCUGGGAUUUAGCUAAAUUCACUCGAGUUAGUAAGAACAUUGGAAGUUCCAUGAAAAGCGUCGGAGAAGUUAUGGCUAUUGGUCGGAAGUUCGAGGAAGCAUUCCAGAAAGCACUCCGAAUGGUUGAUGAGAGCGUUAAUGGGCUUGAUCCCUAUGUCAGCGAUGUCAAGGAAGAAGAAUUAAUCCAACCAACUGAUAAAAGGACAUUCGUUGUGGCGGCAGCUUUGAAGCGAAAGUACACAAUUGAAAGGCUUUAUGAGUUGACGAAGAUUGACCCGUGGUUUUUGAAUAAGAUGAAAAACAUUAUUGACUACUUGAAUGUGUUGGAAAAGCAAGGAAAUAAUUUGAGCCAUGAUCUUCUGCUGAAGGCCAAACAGCUGGGUUUUUCGGAUAAGCAGAUUGCAGCCGCGAUUAAGAGCACUGAGUUGGCUGUAAGGCAACAUCGUGAAGAGAUUGAUGUCACUCCGUUUGUCAAGCAGAUAGAUACUGUAGCAGGUGAAUGGCCUGCGACUACAAACUACUUAUAUAUUACCUACAAUGCAUCCAGCCAUGAUCUAGAAUACCCAGGUGGUUAUACAAUGGUGGUGGGCUCUGGAGUAUACCGCAUCGGGAGCUCUGUUGAAUUUGACUGGUGUGCCGUUGGAUGUCUACGAGAACUUAGGAAUCUAGGACGAUCUACAAUCAUGGUCAACUACAAUCCCGAAACGGUUUCCACUGACUAUGACAUGUGCGACCGGCUCUACUUUGAGGAAAUAUCGUUUGAAGUCGUCAUGGACAUCUACCAGAUCGAGAAUCCUGAAGGUAUCAUCUUAUCGAUGGGAGGUCAACUUCCCAACAACAUUGCAAUGGACCUUCAUCGACAACAAGCAAGAGUAUUAGGAACAUCACCAGAGUCUAUUGAUAGCGCUGAAAAUCGAUUCAAAUUCUCACGUAUGCUGGAUCGGAAGGGUAUCCUUCAACCCAGAUGGAAAGAGCUGACAAACUUGAAAUCAGCUAUUGAGUUUUGUGAGGAAGUUGGAUAUCCAUGUUUGGUACGACCAUCUUACGUCCUGUCUGGGGCUGCAAUGAACGUGGCGUACUCAAAUCAAGAUCUGGAGGCAUAUUUGAAUGCUGCAUCCUUGGUUUCGAAGGAGCAUCCCGUAGUAAUCUCGAAAUAUUUAAUGGAAGCGAAGGAGAUUGAUGUGGAUGCCGUGGCUGCAGAUGGAGAGAUACUUUGCAUGGCUGUUUCAGAACAUGUUGAAAACGCUGGAGUGCAUUCCGGCGAUGCUACCCUCGUUACGCCGCCACAGGAUAUAAAUAUAGAAACUUUGGAGAAAAUCAAGGAAAUUGCUAGAGACGUUGCAGCCCUGUUGGAUGUGACUGGACCAUUCAAUAUGCAACUUAUAGCCAAAAACAACGAGUUAAGAGUGAUUGAAUGCAACGUUCGCGUAUCCCGAUCUUUUCCCUUCGUUUCGAAGACUCUUAACCAUGACUUUGUUGCAAUGGCGACACGGGUUAUUAUUGGAUUACCCACUGAUCCUGUUGAAGUUUUACAUGGGUGCGGGAAAGUGGGUGUGAAAGUUCCUCAAUUCAGUUUUUCACGUCUCGCCGGUGCUGAUGUUCAAUUAGGAGUUGAAAUGGCGUCAACUGGGGAGGUGGCAUGUUUCGGAGAUAAUCGAUAUGAAGCUUACUUGAAAGCUAUGAUGUCAACUGGGUUCCAGAUUCCUAAGAAAGCAAUUUUGCUGUCGAUUGGAAGCUUUAAGCACAAAGUGGAACUUUUGCCUUCUAUUCGUGAAUUGUCGAAAAUGGGAUAUAAAUUGUACGCGUCAAUGGGAACUGGUGACUUUUAUGCUGAGCAUGGAGUCGAUGUUGAAUCCGUCCAAUGGACUUUCGAUAAAAUAGCUCCCGAAGAUGCUAAUGGAGAAUUGCGACAUUUGGCAGAAUUUCUCGCAAAUAAGCAAUUUGAUAUGGUCAUCAAUCUACCGAUGAGGAACACAGGAGCCAGAAGAGUUUCUUCAUUCAUGACCCAUGGCUACCGCACAAGACGUCUCGCGGUUGAUUACUCCAUUCCCCUUGUUACGGACGUAAAGUGCUCCAAACUCCUAGUAGAAGCCAUCCGCCGUAUCGGCCGAGCUCCACCAAUGAAAACACACACAGAUUGUCUGACAUCACGACGUAUGGUGAAACUUCCAGGGUUUAUAGAUGUCCACGUCCACUUGCGGGAACCUGGAGCCACUCACAAAGAAGACUUCUCAUCAGGAACAGCAGCAGCUUUGGCUGGAGGCGUGACUUUAGUAUGCGCAAUGCCCAAUACCAACCCUUCAAUAGUCGACAAAACAUCGUUAAGUCUAGUUCAAGAUUUAGCAAAAGCGGGAGCUCGGUGCGAUUACGCCUUAUAUGUGGGAGCAUCAGAGGAUAAUUGGAGCACUAUAUCCGAGCUUGCACCCCAAGCGGCUGGGUUGAAAAUGUAUUUGAACGACACAUUUUCGACCCUGAAAAUGACUGACAUGACAAUAUGGGAAAAGCAUUUAGCGACAUGGCCAAAGCGAGCGCCUCUUGUCUGUCACGCUGAAAAGCAAACCAUGGGUGCGAUUAUUUUACUUGCUCAUCUCCUAGACCGGUCGAUCCACAUUUGCCAUGUAGCGAGAAAGGAAGAAAUCCUUAUAAUCCGUGCUGCAAAAGAAAAAGGUAUAAAGGUGACAUGCGAAGUAUGCCCACACCAUCUCUUCCUCAGCACCGACGAUAUUAAUAAGAUCGGAAAGGGAGUUUCAGAAGUGCGACCAGUCCUUUGUUCUAAAGAAGAUCAAGAAGCUUUAUGGGAUAACCUCGAGUAUAUUGAUGUAUUCGCAACGGACCACGCUCCGCAUACUACUGAAGAAAAGCACUCAGAAAACCCACCACCCGGUUUCCCUGGAUUGGAGACUAUCCUACCACUGCUCUUGGAUGCCGUUCAAAAAGGCAAACUGACUUUAGACGAUAUAACAAACAAAUUCCACCGAAAUCCAAAGAAAAUUUUCAAUUUGCCUGAGCAACCCAGCACAUAUGUGGAGGUCGACCUUGAUGAAGAAUGGGAAAUUCCAAAAGAGACUGAACACUCCAAAGCCAGAUGGACUCCCUUUGCGGGCAUGAAAAUCAAAGGCCGAGUUCAUCGUGUUGUCCUGCGAGGAGAGGUGGCGUUUGUUGAUGGAGAAGUAUUAGCAGCUCCAGGGUACGGUCUUAAUGUGAGAACUCAGAGCCUCAAAAAAUUAAAUCUGCAUCUCUCAAUGGAAGCCAUGGACCAGUAUCAAUCAAUGGACAACUUAGACUCCUUACCGAGAUUCUCAUCUACGCAAAUGAGUUCAGAAUUCGUUAGUGACUACCAAACAAAUGAGGCCUUCUCAAAGCUUCUGUCCGACCCUGUAUCCAAACUAGCCGUUCAUUUUGCCGGUGAUCCCACCAACCUGCGACCUGUAUCGCCUCUACCACGCAUACGAUGUGAUUCAACUGGCAAUAACACCCUCAAAGAACUGAUGCAACAUACCAGCGUGCCAAGCUUGCCAACUCCACAUGGAAUACUUGGAAAACAUAUUCUCACUGUCGAUAUGUUCAACAAGGAUCAACUCAAUGACAUUUUCAAUUUAGCCCAAGUAUUUAAAAGUCGCGUAGCAAAAGACCGCCCACUGGACGAUAUACUACGAGGCAAAAUUAUGGCGUCCAUUUUUUAUGAAGCAAGCACAAGAACCAGUUGCAGUUUUGCAGCAGCGAUGCAGAGGUUAGGCGGUCGCGUUAUUUACAUGGAUGAAAAGACAUCGUCAGUGAAAAAAGGUGAAACUUUAGAGGAUAGUAUUUCUGUUAUGGCUAGCUAUGCUGAUGUUGUGGUUCUUCGUCAUCCGGAACCAGGCGCAGUAGCGCGGGCAGCACACCACUGCCGCAAGGCUCUUAUCAACGCCGGCGAUGGUAUUGGAGAGCAUCCAACUCAAGCUCUUCUAGAUAUUUUCACGAUUCGCGAAGAAAUUGGUACGGUUAAUGGAUUAACAAUUACCAUGGUGGGAGACCUCAAACACGGACGAACAGUGCAUUCGCUGGCUAGACUACUCACGCUUUAUAACGUUCAACUGCAAUAUGUCAGCCCUGGAAACUUAGGAAUGCCAGACCACAUUGUUCGUUUUGUCAACUCCAAGGGAAUCAGCCAACGUUCAUUCAAAACUAUGGAAGAGGCCCUUCCCAAAACGGAUGUCUUAUAUAUGACCCGCAUUCAGAGAGAGAGGUUUGCAUCAGAUGAGGAGUACCAAAAGUCAUGUGGCCACUUCGUUGUGACACCACAAAUCAUGACUCACGCUCAUCGCAGGAUGAUUGUUAUGCACCCCUUGCCCAGGGUCUUCGAGAUCAGCAAGGAAUUCGACACCGAUCCUCGCGCUGCUUAUUUCCGCCAGGCUGAAUAUGGUGUAUACGUGCGAAUGGCAUUGUUGGCAAUCAUUUUAGGCAGGAACUAAACAUUUUUCAUUGAUUUUGUUACAUUUUCAUUGCAUUUAAAACAAAAGACAUUUUAGCAUUUGAUGCAUUCAGUACUGGUUCCUUUUGAAAAAAGAUAUUAGAAAAUAAGAUUCCAGUUGGAAAUAAAAGACAAUAU